CCUUUUGCCUCCCGCACUGCAAAAAGGAACGUGCGCGACCGCCUUUCUCCUUUGCGGUCCUAUCCUUUCGAUUAUUUGCGCGCCGCACUUCGCUUUUCCACCUUCUGCCUGAACCUCAACAUUACACAUCACUUGCCCGACUUUCAAUAACGCGCUCAACAGCCCAAUUUUUGGUCUAUAGACUUACGCGACGACACUGCGAAACUCCUGCGCCCACUUCGAUCAAUCAAGCCUUUUCCCGAAAAACAAGAAACGCUUCGCGACCGACAUCACGAUGGCCACCCCCAUGAGCACAAACUCCCAGGAGGACGCCACGAACAAGAAGCUUGAGCAGAUUACCUUUCGCUUUUGCUCCGAAUGCUCCAACAUGCUCUAUCCUAAGGAGGACGAAGAGACCCAUCGCCUCCAGUUCACCUGCCGAACCUGCCAGUUUACCGAGGAGGCUCAGUCUACCUGCGUCUUCCGCAACGUCAUGAACAACGCCGCCGGUGAGACCGCCGGUGUCACACAGGAUGUCGGUUCGGAUCCUACUGUAGGUGAUCCCCAGUCUGUUCUUGCCCCUGUUGUAUGCAUCGGCUGCGGCCACGCCAUCCUUUGCAGCGGCUGCGGUAACCCGUCCGACGACUUCAACGUAUCGGCGGCCCCUGCCCACCAGCACGACGGUUUCCAGAGCAAGAAGACGGAGAUUACAUGGGACGACCUGAUGGACAUGGCCGAAGACGAAGCCCAAGACGAGUACGACGAAGAAAAGGAAUCGGUCACCUCGGACGAGAUCAACCACGGAUUCGCGGGCAUCGCGCUCAACAACGAGCCCGAAGCCGCCAACCGGAAUGUGUCGUGGCCUACCUUUCAGCUGGCAGUCAGCCAGUGAGAGUGAUCCUCGCCACGUGUUACCACAACGACCUAUUGGAUGACAACCCCUGGACCUGGCUUUGGCAAUGGGAUUUUGGCUUUCACUCUGGAUACGAGACCUCCCUUGUGAUCAGCUGGCUGACGCUGCAUCUUUCCCGGAUCUAGCUUCCACGAUCAAACAAGGAAUGCCCCGUGUGCAAGGGCGGCGAAGCCGUCUUCUUCCAGUCUCAGCAGCGAAGCGCUGAGACGGGCAUGGUUAGUACAGAACUCGCAUCUUUCUCUCUUUAAGCAAACUCGCCAGGAGAAUCGGCAAACUAACGCGCUCGCGUGCAGAAACUGUUCUAUGUCUGCUGCGAUUGCGGUCACAUCUUCCAGUAAAAGAGACGACCUGAUGAAGAUACCCCAAGAUUGUUCUAGAGGAGGUUGCCAUGCAUUGUAAGGAGUAUUCUG